AUGGAAGGGGAUUUUUCAGCGGCCUCGAUGGCCACUAACAUUCGCCUGGACAGCCUUCCUCCUCAACGGUCUGUCUCUCUCUACUGGGUUGAAAAAUGGCUUCUGGCCUUAGAUGCAGUCCAGGUCUGGUGUUUGCUCUGGCUGAUUGUUCUGCCCCAGUUUCCGCCGUCUUGGAACCAAAAGACCUUCCCACUACUAGCGUUCAACUUGGACUUCUUCCACUUGCUCUUAAAUCGCUUAGACACAUCAAAUAUUCUCGUUUCCAGCGAUGCGGGUUCCACUGCAACGUCCCGUCUAGUUCUUGCUUGCAUCCUGACGCUCGUCGUUGCGGCUGUUGCGACGCUGCUUUGGGGGGGGUCUCGAUGGAUAAAGUUUUCCAAAUCGCCUAAAGAAAAGAGGCAAGAAGCUCGAGAACUCGCAGAAGAGCUUCAGCGAAAACAACGUCAGUCAUCAGGCCGCAUGUCCCUCAGUUUUAUGUUUGCCUUGCAGAGUGAUGAACAGACGAAAAACCAGGAUUCCAACUGGCUGAAGCUGUGCGUUUUCUUUGCUGAUCUCUGGCACGAACUGUGCCUUUGGCUCGUACAGGGACGGAUCAUCCUGGUAACGUGGAUUUUUGCUCCGUACCUAAACUCGGUACUCCCUAUCGUUUUUUGCCAAGACCAAGCAGAGAUAUGCGGUGACCAGGGACUCUUCAUGGGGCGUAUUGCGAUCGGCGUGUUCGCAUUUUUGUUUGCUGCCACGGCUGUAUACUACGUAGGCAGUCAGGUGAAUGCGCAUCUGGUGGCGCAGACAGACGAAAACCACGAAGACUAUGUCCAACAAAAAGAAUUGGAAUACAUGUUGAAUCUGAACGAUAGCUGGCGUGUACAGAUGCUAUGGACAUUCACAUCUUUUAGGCGCGAAUGGGGGCGAGUUUACCACCGUCAAGCACUUAUGAUUGUCAAACUUUUGCUUUGUCUUCUGGUUGCCCUCUUUGGGAACCAGACGUAUAAGCCUUCUGCGGGAGCUGCUUGGCUUUUUCAGCAGGUCUUCCCCUCCAGUCUCACGAAUGCGUCAACGUUUUCAGACGCUUCGGGUGAGGUGGAUUCCUCUGCGGUUGUCAUCACGACUGGCACGCCAUCUUGGAGGGCAGACCCCCUAGCAGAAAUGGCGACUAAUCCGUUUGGGUCACGGACUCAGAGUGUCAUCGCUUUUGUCAUAAUCUGCGUCUUUGUCCUUCUGUGUCUGACGCGGAUGCCUUAUCGGCAGAGAUCCUCGAAUGUUCUUUUUGCGUUCACGUGGACCACACUGGGAAUUCUUUCAGGCUUCAGCGUCACGCUUGCUUGCUCCGAAGAGACGCCUGUGCUCCUUCACGCAGAUAAUAUGCGGGUCAUUCUUCCGCUCCUGCACUCCAUACUACUGUUUGUCUGGGUUCUCACAAUUUUCGUCGGGAUUUUUCGGACGCUCCUUCCUAGCUCCUCAAACGCUCUUCUUGUGCCCGCCGAUGACGAUACGGAGGAAGAUUCGCAACUCACCAACAACACCGAAUCCACUGAACUUCGGAGUGGGCGGCGGAAAAGUCGAUGGACGGAAAAACGAAAACUUUUCACGCAUCAUGCGCAAAACAUGCUGCGCAACAUCAUGUCCAAAGAUGCCCCGAAAAACAUGCAAUUGAAAAGGUCCAGCAGCUGCCUCGGGUUCGUCGACGAAGACGACAGUGACGGCGUCUACCCCAACUUUUUAGACAGUCCGUGGCCCAUCUCUUUCUACGAAGGCAGGUACUUCAUUCGAACAUUUCCGGAUGUUUUGCUCUCUCUCAAACUCGCGCAGCACACCAUCGACCGAUACCUUUUCGCGGACAAGACCUUGGUUCCGCUCUCGACGUUGGACGCCGCACACGCCGACCUCCAGCACCACCUCGUCAAUUUUUUGAGUCUGCCGGACAACGAGAAGAACCCGCUCUUGAAGAAGAAGCACGUGGAGGCGCACCCCCUGGAUCCGGCUGCGAAUUCAGACGAGCUUGAACAAGCUCUUGUCUCUGCCAAAAAAAAGCUUGCCGACCUUUUCGGGGAAGAGGACCCGAGUGAACAAGCGGACGAAGACGACAGCGGUGCAGAGCACUCGGAAAACAACUCUGACAAAGACCAAGCAGAAGCGAGCGAGCUGAACGAUGACAUGGAUGCCAUUAUUGGCGCAGACGACCCGCGGUCGAAUUUCGAGGCAAACUUUGUCGACGACUGGGACGCAGAAGGCGAAAAGCGACGCGUUCACAGACUCGUACAUGCAGUUCAAGAGCAGCAAGCUCUCCACCAUCGCCGUGCAAACCAGGCGACACCCCCCUUUGAUGUAUUCGAAGAGAAGGAUCCCCUUGCAGCGCUUCUUGCCAAAAGACCGGGGGAAAAACACCAAGAACAGGCUGCCGGAUUCGACCUCGCCGCAACACCGCAAUCAGCACAGACACUUUUAGAGGCGGCUCUACAGGCGCUAGAAAAUGAAGGGUCUGUGCGGAAAAAACGAGCAACCGCCUUAGCCCAGAGGCUUCUCGACGUUCUUGGUGUUUCCCCAAACGCGCAGCAGUUCCGAGACCACCGUUCUGCUGAUGCUGAGACCUUCAGGUACAGUCACGACACCCUCGUUGAGAGCAAACUGGUUGCACGAGAAGGAGAUCCCACAGCACCUGUGGUGAAAGAGAACCACGCACACGUGGAUACAGCGGAAGACAAAGGAAGUGACGAAGGCGAAAGGCAGAGAAGACGACAUGCGGUAGACGAGAUCCAGAGUCUCCUUCAGAUCGAUUUCGAUGUCCCCACGCUCGCCUCUACCGUGGAGUUGAAAAAGAUGUGGAUAGAGUUCGAGGAACAAGGCGACCCGCAAGCGCGGUUUGCAGAUGCUCCUUCUCGCGGGUCACAAGCUGAAGCGGCAGAGAAAGAAAAUACAGAAAGUCAAGACGGCGCCGGCGUUGAACGUGCACACGUCCAGCCUGAGGACGCUGAGGCCGGAGGAGACCACGAGAAAAACCUACCGCGAUCUGGAUCCUCCCCCACGGAGGAUAAGAAGGAGACGAUACAGAAGAGGAAGAAAAGGAGAAGACGCAAAUCGGAUCCAGAUGCAUUCCCUUACCUUCCAGAAGAUUCACGGAGAGCUCUGAUGGAAUUCUACGUUCGGCGUCUGAGCACGCUGUCUCACCUUUCUCAACGCUUUUCCGCUGUGCCCAUCAAAAAGCUGUUUCAAGAGAUGCACCAUCGACAGUCUCUCACCCACGCCUUCCGCUGGAUCCUUUUGGAAGCGUUUGAGAUACUCGCGAGCCUAAGAAAAGAGGUAGCGCAAGUGACGUGUUUGCCAAAGGCCUUGCCCAACGGAGGUGAUGCACUCAUGGCAUUGCUAGCCAAACGCUGUCGACAAAGAGACAAAGAUCUAAUUUUCAUGCCCGCAAAAAAGCGGCGCAUUCACACGAAACUUAUCGCGAUACAGUUUCUAUGUGGCAAGCAGCUAGCUCCCAAAGACCGCACCGACGAAAUCGUUUCUCAGAUGCUCCGCGGUUUCACCAGUUUUUUCGAAUGACAGUCGAACCGUUGGGCGUCUUGACUCUGUGCUCUUACUUUUUUCCUGCUUCUUGAGCACAAUCAAGCAGUCACGUGGAAAAGUGCCGUGUGGGUCCCCGCUCGUUUCUCUCGUCUUUGGUCACAUGCGCAUACCCUGAGCUUUUCUACGACUACAGUCGCCGAAUGUCAACGGUAUUGGGAGAAAGCAUUCUACCAGCAGUGAGUCUCGCGGUGCCUGACGGCCACCGCACAGAUCGGUGCUCAUAUUUAUGUUUGGUAUAGCCGCCUUGAGAGCAAAUUGUAAUGAUAUAUCGGAUCUCUCUCACGUCAGGUUCUCAGUAAUGGAGAGGAACUGCCACUCUCCCGAGAAUCAACUACGCUCCUCACGGGAAAGCGAAAACCUAGCGCACCGACACGCUACACGAGCCCUGCUGCGGUGACUCUCAGAACAGAAACUGCUUCG